AUGAGGAUUCUUACAUUCUCCUACGUGCUAGCCGCAUUGCAAAUGGGUACUGCACAUACUGUCUUUACAACUCUUUUCAUUAACGACGUCAACCAAAGCCCCGCUACCUGCGUGCGGAUGCCGACGACCUCAAACAAUGCCACAUUUCCCAUCAAUGACCUGAAGAGUGAUGACAUGGCAUGCGGGUACGGAGGAACUGCAGGUGUCGGACGUGUCUGCUCGAUUCCGCAAGCGGCGAAACUGGACUUCCUGUUUGUUGAAUACGCUGAUAACUCUCAACCCGGUGCCAUCGAUAUAUCCCACAAGGGGCCUUGUGCAGUUUACAUAAAGCGCGUUGAGUCUGUCAUCCAGGACAAAGCAAUCGGAGAUGGCUGGUUCAAGAUAUGGGAAGACACUUACGAUGCCGGAACAUCGCAGUGGUGUACCGAGAAGCUAAUGAAAAACGACGGCAUGCUGUCCGUCAAAGUCCCUGAAGACCUCGCCGGUGGAUAUUAUCUUGUGAGGCCGGAGCUGCUCGCUCUCCAUCAAGCGGAUAAGAAUCCUCCGAAUCCGCAAUUCUAUCUUGGAUGUGCGCAGAUAUUUCUGAACUCGACUGCGACCUCGUUGCUUAAGGACACUGUCAAAAUCCCAGGUUAUGUUGAAUCCACUGACCCCGCUGUUCUCUUCAACAUCUAUAUCCCGAAAUGGCCGCACCCAGCUCUGGGACCCGCUUUAUACAAGGACGGAAGCAGCAGUGUCGAAGUCAAGCCAGUCGACAGGCAAAAUGAGGGGCUUUUGCCAUACAAAUUCAAUGUAGUCGUAACAAAUGCCAAUUGGUGGGCCCUCGAACUAGAAUCAUAUUCAACAUCCGAUGGAUGCAAAAAUGCCUCGAAGGUCUGUUUCGACCUGACCAGUGAAUGCUAUAACAGUGCUCCGCCGACUGGUUCAAAGGGAUGUAGAUUAUGGGAAGCGAAAUGUAACGGAGUACGCGAUGCUUGCAAUGCAGGGAACUUCAACGGCCCGCCACAGAAGAACAAAGUCCUUAUGCCAGGGAUCCCAAGUCCGGUGGAAGCAGCCAGCUCUUCUGCAGAACCAAACACAAGCUCAACAACGACAUCCACCAAGACAGCUCCGACGCCAGAACCAAGCGCGUCCACUUCUCCAGAGUUCAUCUAUGAG